AUGGCGCCGAUAAAUAUCAAGUCCCAUGCCUCUUCAAAAACCCCAUCCGCAUAUAUUCCAAGCAUGGAACGCCUCGAUUUGACAAUGCCCAAGAGCGUCCUCCAGAAAGCACACACUUUCAGUUUCGCUCAUCUCAACUACCUCCAGUGCCAUGAAGAGAGCGUUUUUGCGGAUGAGAAUUGCAUCAACCUCUUCAUGAAUGCUCUUCGCUUGCAUUGGAAAGUGUCGGGAGAUAUUCUGCGCAAUGCUUCUGACCAAGGAGCCGACCUUUAUGAGCUCCUGUCUUUGGAAGUUGACGGGAAAUAUAUCAUCAGAAAUCUCUUGACCACUGAUGCCGUUCAUGAGCUCUUUGAGCGUGAUGCUCCGGACCCGAUGAUGAUCCUCGCCACGAUCGUGCAGGACAUCUACAUCGCCCAAUGGCGUGGUUGGUCGGUGGAACAAAACCAAAAGCACAAGGAGCAGAGUCGCUCCGCCCUCAUCAUCUCUCACGCCCAAGCAACUUCAAACCAGCUCAGCAAUAACGUGCUGGCCUUCAAAGGCAAGAACACUGCUCCUCAGCUGAGAGCAUGGGCCGAGCGGACAGUGGCUCGUCAUUUGAUGGCAAUUAUCACUCCCGGUCACUUGCCUCCUUCCACUACUCACAGCACCUCACGUCUAUCCACUUCUCACGACUCCGUUCCAGACUUGAAGAGUGCCAACCAGAUUGCUGUCGCUGCGCCUCGUCUUCCCAACUAUAAGAGGGCCAGUAACGACAGUACCCGCAACAGCUACACAGCUGCACCGGGUCCCAACGACGAGCAUUACGAGGUCCCCUUCCGACCCAUCCCCUCGACCAAACGCAAGGCUCCAGUGCUUGGCUCUUAUUUUCACGCAUCACCAUCAACUAAGAGGGCCAAGAUCAAGACCCAAGGCACUGCCACGUACAGGGCUCACGACCUCUACCGACCAUCGAGACCUAAGCGUGCGACCUUUCACAACGGUCAUGGUAGACUGGAUCACGGCUACUCUCGCGAACCCCCUACCACCCCUUCUCCCAUCAAGCGCCGCCAGCAACAGGCUCUCGACACACCGAGCCACGAAGCACUUCGCAAAGCCAAGUUGCACAAGCUCCAGAAAAAGAUCGCAGAGCAGAGAUCCGAACAAACCUCCUGCAUUGGUUUCACCGACCUUCUAGGCUCCGACACCAACUCCGGCAACCCUCAAGAGCACGAAACUCGGGUUUUCAACGAACCGUCCUAUGCUGCCUAUCGUUGCCACCAGAAGUGCGAUUCAGAUGCUCUCGUGAUUGACGACAUGGCUAUUGUCUCGGAAGAAGGCGAGAUCCUCGAGUGA